AUGCGUUUUACGACCGCCGCCCUCUCGCUGGGUGGAGCAAGCCUGAUCUCUGCGCUGCCUGCUGCAUCCAACGAUACCAGCACGACCAUCACGCUCGACUAUACUUCUACGAUACCCGCUGCUGGUAACUCCACACUUGGUUAUUACAAGUACCAGAACAUUCGCUUCGCCGCUGCCCCCACCGGCGAUCUUCGAUUUGCCGCACCGCAAUGGCCGGAACAGGAGACAGAAGUCAACAGCGGUGACCUGGCAGACGCGUCUGUUGCCUGCAGCUCUGCAGAGGACUGCUUGUUCAUGGACGUCUGGGUACCAGCCAACAUCCCAGAAGGCACGAAGCUACCAGUCCUGGUAUGGACAUACGGCGGUGGAUUCACAGGUGGCUCGAAGGCCCAGAACACGCCUGAAGGACUUUUCAAUCUCAGCACCGAGUUCAUUUUUGUCUCAUACAACUACCGAUUGGGUAUCACUGGUCUAGGCAACGGUCCAAGUUAUGCUCAUGAGGGUGGCACUACCAACGUUGCUCUCUGGGACGUGGAGCACGCGUUCAAGUGGGUCCAGAAGUACAUUGGCGAAUUCGGCGGAGAUGCGGAUGCCGUCACUGCUAUGGGCUUCUCUGCUGGAGGAAGUCAGACGCUCUUCCAGAUGACCCGUUUCGCAGGACACGCUGAACAACUGUUUAAGCAGGCCUAUGUCAUGUCACCCGGCUUUGUUCCCGGCGCUGGUCACGAGCAUGCUGAGGCCUUCUGGCAGAACGUUUCAACCGCUGUUGGUUGUGACGGCGGACACAUUGCAUGCGUGCGUGGCGUCGACUUCGAUACACUCACCAGUGCUGCUUCUGACGCUGCGGACGUCUACCCAUACCAGUUCCAACCUCGUGUCGAUGGAGACUUUGUUGCGGAUACAUACGAAGCUCAGUUCUAUCAGGGACGUUUCAACUUUACCGGCCCUUUGGUUCUCAGCCACGAGCUUCAUGAGGCGAACUCGCAAGCUUACAGUGGCGUGAACACCACCGCAGAUGUCUCAACAAUGCUUCGCACCUUCUUCCCCUCGAUUACGGAUGCUAUUCUUGAAAGGGCUCUUGAACUCUACCCUGAAUCAGACUACACAUCUCCUGGACUGCGCUUCGCCGACAUGAAACAGCACUUCGAUCUCACAGCGCACAACCUCGCAGCUACCCAUGCUAUGGGCAAUAACACCUGGAACGCACGUGUCGACCUCAGCCCCGCCACUCAUGGUACUGACCAGAGCUACUACUGGUACUCGACAUAUACUCUCACCUCUUCCUCUUCCUCCACCAGUUCCACCAACUCUUCGUCCUCAUCAAACUCUACAAGUGGCUCUGGCGGCCCACCGUCAGGUAGUUCGGGAGGCGGUAUGGGCGGUGGCUCGACAUCUGUGGACUCUGAGGUGGCUAUCAAGAUGCAGAAAUACCUUCUCAGCUUUGUGUUGAAGAGCGACCCAAAUGCUUUGUGGGCGGAGGACAAGCUGUACUGGCCGAAGUACAAUGAAGCAAACUCGACGAGCGGUGUGCAACUUAUCUUUAACGAGACGAUGAGCACUGGAGAGGAUGAUUUGGCCAACAGCAAGGCGCUAUUCUGGAACCAGGCCUUGUGGUGGUAG